CUCGAACAGCUAUCACUGUCACAGCUGUCAAAACAAUUGUAUUUUUUCUAAUUUUCGAUUGCGAUUACUACCGUUUUCUGCCAUAUAACUAUUUAACACAAAGAAGGAUGGGCGGACAUGGUCACGCACCCUACGUGGUCCCUGACCACAAGCAGUUCCAGGUGAAGGGGAUCCCGCAGCUCGAGGAACUGGAGAAGGCUUUGGCUCAGAAAGGACUAAAGGACCCCUGGAUCAGAAACGAGGCCUGGAGAUACAACCCCGGUUUUGGCACCAAAUGGGGUCGCGCCAAGAAAGUGUUCUUCCGAGGCUUCCCCAUCGGCCUGGGCCUGGCUCUGAUCACCGCCGGAGCGGAGAAGAUGCUCGGGGGCGGUCAUGGCGAUCAUGGCCAUGAGGGAGAGGGACAUCAUUAAAUUAUUGAAUGCUGUGUUAGUAAAUAAAAUUAUUGAUAGUUU